GCAGAGCACUGUAUCUUGCAGACAGCUCACAUCCGCAGCAUCGGAUCCUGCUUCAUAGCCACAAGCUCUGCAAGGCGGCCUCCCUUCCCAGCUGACAGGGCUGAUCCAGGGGCCCAGGGAAGAUUAUAUAUUGCCCUAAAAAUUUUGGAGACUGUCGCUACCGGACUUGGUAACCAUGACAACCCACGUGACGCUGGAGGAUGCGUUAUCGAACGUGGACCUCCUGGAGGAGCUGCCGCUCCCCGACCAGCAGCCGUGUAUAGAGCCUCCUCCAUCCUCCAUCAUGUACCAGGCCAACUUUGAUACCAAUUUUGAGGACCGGAAUGCGUUUGUAACUGGAAUAGCCAGAUAUAUCGAACAAGCCACGGUACAUUCUAGCAUGAACGAGAUGCUGGAGGAGGGACAGGAGUAUGCUGUUAUGUUAUAUACAUGGAGAAGCUGUUCCAGAGCUAUUCCACAGGUGAAAUGUAACGAGCAGCCGAACCGCGUGGAAAUAUAUGAGAAAACGGUGGAGGUUUUGGAACCUGAAGUGACAAAACUGAUGAAGUUCAUGUAUUUCCAGCGCAAGGCCAUUGAACGCUUCUGCAACGAGGUGAAGCGUUUGUGUCACACAGAGCGCAGGAAGGAUUUUGUGUCGGAGGCGUAUCUGCUGACCCUGGGGAAGUUUAUUAACAUGUUUGCGGUGCUGGAUGAGCUGAAGAACAUGAAAUGCAGUGUGAAGAAUGACCACUCGGCUUAUAAGAGGGCUGCCCAAUUUCUGAGAAAAAUGGCCGAUCCCCAGUCGAUCCAGGAGUCACAGAAUCUUUCAAUGUUCUUGGCCAAUCACAAUCGGAUCACACAGUGCUUGCACCAGCAACUGGAGGUUAUCCCUGGGUACGAGGAGCUCCUGGCUGAUAUAGUGAAUAUCUGUGUUGAUUACUAUGAAAACAAGAUGUACCUGACUCCAAGUGAAAAACACAUGCUACUAAAGGUGAUGGGAUUUGGCCUGUACCUGAUGGACGGGAAUGUCAGCAAUAUUUACAAACUGGAUGCCAAGAAGAGAAUUAACCUCAGCAAAAUUGACAAAUUCUUUAAGCAGCUGCAGGUGGUGCCCCUGUUUGGUGACAUGCAGAUAGAGCUGGCCAGAUACAUUAAGACCAGUGCUCACUAUGAGGAGAACAAAUCAAAGUGGACUUGCACUCAGAGCAGCAUCAGUCCCCAGUAUAACAUAUGUGAGCAGAUGGUGCAAAUCCGAGAUGACCACAUCCGUUUCAUCUCUGAACUGGCACGCUACAGCAACAGUGAGGUGGUUACUGGAUCUGGGUUGGACAGCCAAAAAUCAGAUGAAGAGUAUCGAGAGCUCUUUGAUUUGGCCCUUAGAGGCCUUCAGUUGCUGUCAAAAUGGAGUGCUCAUGUUAUGGAAGUGUACUCCUGGAAGCUGGUUCACCCCACGGACAAGUUCUGUAAUAAAGAUUGCCCUGGCACGGCAGAGGAGUAUGAGCGAGCCACGAGGUACAAUUAUACCAGUGAGGAAAAAUUUGCCUUUGUGGAGGUCAUUGCCAUGGUGAAAGGUCUGCAGGUUCUGAUGGGCCGAAUGGAGAGCGUGUUCAACCAAGCCAUACGCAACACUAUAUAUGCCGCCUUGCAGGACUUUGCCCAAAGCAGCUUGCGGGAACCGCUUAGGCAGGCAGUGCGCAAGAAGAAGAACGUUCUGAUCAGUGUCCUGCAGGCAAUACGAAAGACUGUAUGCGACUGGGAGGCAGGCCGCGAGCCUCCAAAUGACCCUUGUUUGCGUGGAGAAAAGGACCCAAAAGGGGGUUUUGAUAUCAACGUCCCACGGAGAGCUGUUGGUCCCUCCAGUACCCAGUUAUACAUGGUGCGCACAAUGCUCGAGUCUCUGAUUGCUGAUAAGAGUGGCUCUAAGAAGACCCUACGGAGCAGUCUCGAUGGACCCAUAGUUCAGGCGAUUGAGGAAUUCCAUAAGCAGUCUUUCUUCUUCACUCACCUCCUCAACUUCAGUGAGGCCCUGCAGCAGUGCUGUGACCUCUCCCAGCUCUGGUUCCGAGAGUUCUUUCUGGAAUUGACAAUGGGGCGCCGUAUCCAGUUCCCCAUUGAGAUGUCAAUGCCUUGGAUCCUGACUGACCACAUCCUUGAGACCAAGGAGCCUUCCAUGAUGGAGUAUGUGUUAUAUCCCCUGGACCUCUACAAUGACAGCGCCUACUAUGCUUUGACCAAAUUUAAGAAACAGUUUUUGUACGAUGAGAUUGAGGCAGAGGUGAAUUUGUGUUUUGACCAGUUCGUUUACAAACUCUCUGAUCAGAUCUUUGCUUAUUACAAAGCCAUGUCUGGCAGCGUCUUGCUGGAUAAAAGAUUCCGUGCCGAGUGCAAGAAUUACGGGGUGAUUAUUCCGUACCCACCCUCCAAUCGAUAUGAAACUCUGCUCAAGCAGCGACAUGUGCAGCUAUUGGGCAGAUCCAUUGAUCUAAAUAGGCUCAUCACUCAGCGGAUCUCAGCUGCCAUGUACAAGUCUCUAGAUCAAGCGAUCAGUCGAUUUGAAAGUGAGGAUCUGACCUCUAUCGUGGAACUAGAGUGGCUGCUUGACAUCAAUCGCUUAACCCACCGGCUUCUCUCCAAGCACCUGACCUUGGAUAGUUUUGACGCCAUGUUCCGAGAAGCCAAUCACAAUGUGUCGGCUCCUUAUGGGAGGAACACCCUGCAUGUCUUCUGGGAACUCAAUUUCGACUUCCUUCCCAACUACUGUUAUAAUGGCUCAACCAAUCGGUUUGUACGUACCGCCAUCCCAUUCACACAGGAGCCGCAGAGAGAUAAACCUGCAAAUGUGCAGCCAUAUUACCUAUAUGGGUCCAAGCCUCUGAACAUUGCCUACAGCCACAUAUAUAGUUCAUACCGAAACUUCGUGGGGCCCCCGCAUUUUAAGACCAUCUGCCGCCUGCUGGGGUAUCAGGGUAUUGCAGUCGUGAUGGAGGAGCUGCUGAAAAUUGUCAAAAGCUUGCUUCAGGGAACUGUACUGCAGUAUGUAAAGACACUUAUUGAGGUGAUGCCGAAAAUCUGCCGGCUGCCAAGGCAUGAAUACGGCUCUCCCGGGAUCCUUGAGUUCUUUCACCACCAGCUGAAGGACAUUAUAGAGUAUGCAGAGCUGAAGACAGAUGUGUUCCAGAGUCUACGAGAGGUGGGAAAUGCCAUACUCUUCUGUCUGCUCAUAGAACAGGCAUUGUCUCAAGAGGAGGUGUGUGACCUUCUCCAUGCAGCCCCAUUCCAGAAUAUCUUACCACGUGUCUAUAUCAAAGAGGGGGAGCGCCUGGAGGUGAGGAUGAAACGGCUGGAAGCUAAAUAUGCUCCUCUUCACCUUGUCCCAUUGAUUGAGAGGCUCGGGACACCUCAGCAAAUCGCCAUUGCACGAGAAGGAGAUCUUCUGACCAAGGAACGCCUGUGCUGUGGCCUCUCUAUGUUUGAAGUCAUCCUGACGAGAAUUCGCAGUUACCUGCAGGACCCCAUCUGGCGUGGACCCCCACCUACCAACGGGGUGAUGCACGUGGACGAGUGUGUCGAGCUUCACCGCCUGUGGAGCGCUAUGCAGUUUGUCUACUGUAUCCCUGUAGGGACAAAUGAGUUCACAGCAGAGCAGUGUUUUGGAGAUGGAUUAAACUGGGCUGGUUGUGCCAUUAUCGUUCUCCUCGGGCAGCAGCGCAGGUUCGACCUGUUUGAUUUCUGUUAUCACCUGUUGAAGGUGCAGCGGCAGGACGGGAAGGAUGAAAUCAUAAAGAACGUGCCUCUAAAGAAAAUGGCUGACCGAAUCCGCAAGUACCAGAUCCUGAACAACGAGAUCUUUGCCGUGCUGAACAAAUACAUGAAAUCAGUGGAGAGCGACAGUUCCACAGUGGAGCACGUCCGUUGUUUCCAGCCUCCCAUCCACCAGUCCCUGGCUACCACCUGCUGAGCGAGAGGGUGGGACCCCCUGACGUGCACCAGAUCUGCUUGCGGCACUUCUUGUGAUGCUGUGGUGUAUGUCUGUCCCGUUGCCACUACAUGUGCUGCAGUAGCCUCUGGAUAAUAUGUCGUUAUGUGGCCGCAAUACUACGUGCUUCAGCCUGGUGUUGCACACGGAGAUCUAAUGGAUCAAAUACCAUCAUGGCCCAAAAUGCGAAUGCUCCUCCAUUGUCGCCAGCUGCUUGUUGGACUGUGAAGAUUUAGAUUUUAUGCUUCAGCCUGAGCUCUGUUACAUUUCCAUGAAUAUAUUUUGUUUUUCUUUCUUGUCAGCAACGUACGAAUCUCCGAACGCCCUGUUUUACCUUCCUAUUUAUUGUGAAAACCUUGUGCUAGUGUGACUUGCAGAGUAUUCCCGCUGUCGCUAUCCAUCACUGUGGAAGGACUCGGAGAUCCCAUCCUGGCCCAGAACUCCAGAUAAACGGAAACCUGCACAGAAUUAUUAGAAUCAUGUUCCUGUUCCGGGGGAACCAUUCUAUGAUGUUUGUACCUCUGUGAGAUUGCCAUGUACACAUGACACUUGUUAAAGAAUAUGUUUUUAUCCAGA